AUGCCAGACAGCUGCUAUAGUGACCUAAUGGACAUAACCAAAGAUGUGCAUGACGCGAUUACAGCUCUAUAUCGAAUAAACUCAACCAAUGAGAAAGAAAUCGAAAAUAUUUAUCACAGUAUCGAAAGAAAUCUGAUUGAUACGAAGAUAUACACACCAGAGCAAGUUCUGGAAGCAAUACAAAAUGCAACAGUAUGUAGAAACAGAUACUUUCGUUCAUACUGGAAGAUUUUCAAAAUGAUCUAUGAAAAAUUCGGUCCAAUGCAAAUUAACAAGAAAUCUGAUCUUUACAAAGACUUUCUAAAUAUGGAAUAUAGUACUGCUGAAUGCCCUCCAAAGGAAGAAGAGAAUGAUGCACGCAGAGCACCAUGUGUCUAUCCCAGAAAAACGAUUUACAAAGCAAUCAUGGAAGAUGACAAAGAUUCAUUCAUAUACUUCACUGAGAGAGACGAUUUUAACAAAGCUCAAAGACUCAAAAGCUAUUUCUAUCCCGAUUCAGAAACUGGAUAUUCAUUGCUUGAAUUAUGUUGCUACUAUGGUGCUGUCAAUUGCUUUAAGCUAUUAAGAACAAAAUACAGUUCAGAAAUCACAUCAAAAUGCCUUCAAUUCUCUUUUUUGGGUGGAAAUCCAGAUAUCAUGAGUGAAUGCUUGAAAUACCAAAUGCCGGACAAAGAAUGUAUGAAGUAUGCAAUUGCAUCACAUAACAUUGAUUUUGUUACUUUUUUGAUGAAUGAAUAUAACAUAGGAAUUGAUGUAUAUUUCUGUUGUACCUAUCAUAAUCUUCAAGCAUUCUUGGUAUUGUUGGAUCAAACGGAAGAUAUAAACUUUCGUAUUAUUUUCUCAGCAUGCUUUAAUAUCCCAUCAAUUUGUAAGUAUUUCCUCUCACACGGAGCAGAUAUCAAUGCUAAGAAUAAUGGCAAUGGCACCGCUCUCCAUGCAGCUGCAUUUUAUAACUGUCCUGAAACAGUUGAUUUCCUUAUAUUAAAUGGGGCCGAUAUUAAUGAAAAAAAUUCUUUUCGCGGAGAAACAGCACUUCAUUGUGCCGCCCAACUUAAUAGUAAAGAAACAGCUGAACUUCUCAUUGCACAUGGUGCUGAUGUCAAUGCCAGAGAUAAAAUUGGGAAAACUCCACUUUUUUAUGCUGCUGGAAAAAACAGCAAGGAAACCGCUGAUAUUUUAAUUGCGCAUGGUGCGUUAAUCAGUGCAAAUGAUGAAUCUGGACAAACAAUUCUUCAUUAUGCUGCAAGGAAGAAUAGCAUCGAGAUAAUGGAACUUCUAUUAUCAAAAGGUGUCGAUGUCAAUGUCAAAAAUAGACUCCAUAAAAAUACACCACUUCAUGAUGCAGGAUUUUACAAUAGUAAAGAAGCAACAGAAUUCCUUAUUUCGCACGGUGCAAAAAUUGAUGCAAAAGAUAAAAAUCAAAGAACUCCGCUUUAUUAUGCCGCAGGAAAAAACAGUAAAGAAACAGCUGAACUUCUUAUUUUACAUGGAGCAAAUGUCAAAGCAAUCGACAAAUUUGGGCAAUCCGUAAUUCAUUAUGCUGCAAGGAAAAACAGCAAAGAAGUAAUAGCCUUACUAAUAUUAAAUGGUCUUGAUGUCAAUACAAAGAACAUAUAUUAUGGAUAUGAUGCUCUCCAUGAUGCUGCAUAUUAUAAUAAUAAAGAAACUGCAGAAUUUCUCAUAAUGCAAGGCAUUAAUAUCAAAUCGAAAGAUGUAAACGGAUGGACAGCCCUUCAUUGUGGAGCUUGUAAUAAUAGCAAAGCAACUAUUGAACUUCUCAUUUCAAAUGGAGCAGACAUUAAUGCAAAAAAUAACAAAAAAGAAACAGCUCUCCACUUUGCAGCGUUUACUAAUAGUAAGGAAACAACAGAAUUUCUUAUUUCCCAUGGUGCAAAUAUUGAAGCCAAAGAUAAGAAAAAGCAAACACCACUUCAUAAAGCUGCAUGGAAAAAAUGCAAAGAGAUUAUUAAAAUACUUAUUUCUCAUGGUGCAAAUGUUAAUGCCAGAAUGAAAAAUAAGUUGAUACCACUACAUCUUACAGCAAUAAACAAUAGUCAAGAAACAGCAGAGUUGCUUAUAUUGCAUGGUGCAGAUAUCAAUGCAAAAAGUAAAGAAAAAGAAACAGUUCUUCAGUUAGCAGAAAGGAAGAACAGCCAUGCAAUUGCAUCAUUACUCAUUUCACACGGUGCCAAAGAGAAAGUUCUUAAGAAGUGUGAAAUUUAA